AUGUCUAGAGAGAAGAAGAAGCUGGGCGCAGGCGGCUCGUGCAUAUUCUGCAUUUAUGACUCAGGAGCGAACUGCAACCAGGUGAUUGUUCUUCAGAUCACCAUGCACCGGAUCAGUCCGACCGGUCUCUGCAGCCUUGCGCUGCUCGUUGCUCUCCUGUCGCGCCGGUCGACGCUCUUCGCCUCGGCCAACACCAUUGCCGUGCCCUCGUCGACUGGCACGAUCCGCCCUGCAGCAGCAGCCCGCACCACCUCCCAGCGCACCUUCAUGAUCCUCCUCAAGGCCUUUGCUCCCGACAAGGCUGAAAUCAAGAAGCAAAUGGAGGAAGCCGGCACGCCUGUCCGUCGCUCGCUGUCGGCCAGCGACUCCGAGACCGAGACCGAGAACCCGAACGACUUUCUGAUCAACUGGACGCUAAAAACCUACAAUGUCGACCCGCGCAAGGACAUGGUGAUCCUGGCGAACGUGCGGCCCAUGGCGGCGUCGACAAAGACAAAGUGGUACGACACGUCGAUUGCCGCGUAUGCGCAGAUGUUCGAUGCCGAGGAGAGAGAGAAAUCGAUCAAGCUGCUGCAGAAGUAUCUGGACGCUCUGUGGGCCCGCGGGUACCAGUGCAGGGCGCUGGCCAUGCUCGGCGAAAAGCGCGAGGAGGUGUGCAAUAAGGCGAUUGAAGAGAAUGUCGACAACAUCAUUGUCGGGCAGCGGCGCAAGCAGAAGGGGCUCCGGAUAGGCAUGCGCACCCACAACUUUGCAGCCAACCUGAUGAUGGUAUCCGAGACACCGGUCGCCGUGGUCAAACUGCCAGCGGAGUCCUGA